AUGUCGUCCAACGAGCAGAACAAGAAGCCCGAGGAGCAGCGCGAAGAAACCGACGAUCAGCCGCAACAAGCCGGCCAGGAACAAGAGAACCGCGGCCAAGAAGACGGCCAAGACGGCGAUGAGCAACGAGACGACAAUGCGCCGGCUGAGAAUGGGCAACAAAAAACCGAACAAGGCAAGCCAGACGAGGGCAACAGCCCGGCCAAGAAGGACGUGAAGAAAGAUGACGACUCAGCUCCCACCCAAAAAGCUGGCGACAGCACGGCCGGGAAGGACGCGAAGAAAGAAGAAGACUCAGCUCCCGUCAAAAAAGAGGGCAACAACAAGGCCGAGAAGAACGUGAAGAAAGAAGAAGACGACUCAGCUCCCGCCAAAGACGAGGGGAGCGAACAGGUGAAAGCCGAGCAACGCUCUCCGUCACCCAAGAAGCAAGCCAAACAAGAUAAACCAGCGAAGAAGGAAAGGAGAGAAAAGCCAGCGGAAGAGGAGAAACAAGAGCAGCCGGCGAAGGAAGAGAAGCAGGCGAAACCAGUGCGCGCCGAAUCCGAGAGGGGAUCGAGGCGACCCCGACGUCGCCGCAACAAGCCAGACUGGUAUGAUUCGGAAGUCCAGGAGGAUGCGCAGGACAAGCAGUUGGCACCGCGCCGGCAGCGCCAACCACAGCAGAUGCAGCAGCAGCAGUACCAACAGCAGCAGCAGCAGCAGCAGCAGCAGAUGCAACAACAGCAACAGCAGCAGCAGAUGCAACAGCCUCAGAAGAAAGAUGACGGUGGCAAGUCCGACUCAUUGAAGCUGCGACUCGAUCUCAAUCUCGAGGUAGAGGUGACACUGAAGGCGAGGAUACACGGUGAUCUGACACUGUCGCUCUUGUUUGUGAGCACCAACGCCAACGCCAACCCAUGCGAUGGCACAGUCGCGAACCAGCACGAGUCCACAGCUACGCAAUGUCAGUUGCAGGUGUACGGGCUGGGCGAACUGGGCGGUUUAGAGCAUGCUUCUGGGAAUAAGGGGGAUGGUUGUCGCCCUCGGUUCACUUCUACGUACUUGACGUUCCAUCUCGUAAUGCUUCUGGGUGCCUCACCCAGCUUGCUUUGUAAUCCGCAGAGGGCGCUGCCUGAGAACGGAGGGGAUCAUGUCACCUGCUGUACGACUAUUACGCAGUCCUGUAACUACAACCAGCGCAUCGAGAUGCUUGCCUCGGAUGGCAGAUUGUUGACGCAUGCAGUUCAUACUAGUAGUACCUUGCAUUAG